AUGUUGGCUGUUUAUGUGAGUCAAGAAUCGGUGAAGUUCGUCUUUUCCAUGGCUCCGAACAGCCAACAUGAGAAUAUCCAAUUUACGAUGGAAACCGAAAACGACGGGAAGUUGCCUUUCCUGGAUGUCUUAGUCAGUCGCAGAGAUGACGGAUCCCUAGGCCAUCGUGUUUAUCGCAAACCUACACAUACUGAUCGCUAUCUACACAAGGACUCUAAUCACCAUCCUCGACAGAAGAGAGGUGUAAUGAAAACUUUAUUCGUGCGAGCCAACAGAAUCUGCGAACCGACUGCUAUCGAGCAUGAAAUUUCCCACCUCACAAAAGCCAACGGUUUUUCAAAGCAAGAGAUCAAAAGAGCCUUCCACCCCAAAAUAAAAAAACAGCCACUUAAAGAAGAUCCAAUCAAGUCCACAGCCUACCUCCCCUACGUUGAGGACGUCACUGAUAGAAUCGAAAGACUUCUGCGACGCCACAAUAUCAAGACUGUUUUCAAACCCACCCACCGAACCAGCGACUUAUUACGAUCUGUGAAAGAUGCAAGAGAUCCCUUGUCCGCCGCAGAACAACUUGUAUUAUAUGCUUAUUUAUCAGUUACCGAAUCUUGA